CAAACAUGGCAAUGAAGAAGCUCUUGUGGGUUAUUCUGUCCCUUUCUUUGGUUCUUGGAGUGGCCAACAACUUUGAUUUUCAUGAGAAGGAUUUGGCGUCUGAGGAAAGCUUGUGGGACUUGUAUGAGAGAUGGAGGAGUCACCACACGGUUUCGCGAAGCCUCGGUGAGAAGCACAAAUGGUUUAACGUGUUCAAAGCCAAUGUGAUGCAUUUCCAUAACACUAACAAGAUGGAUAAGCCUUACAAGCUGAAACUGAACAAGUUCGCUGACAUGACCAACCAUGAAUUCAGGAGUACUUAUGCAGGCUCAAAGGUUAAUCACCACAAAAUGUUCCAAGGCACGCCACAUGGUAACGACACCUUCAUGUACGAGAAUGUUCGUAGUGUUCCUACUUCGGUGGAUUGGAGGAAGAAAGGUGUUGUCACUAAUGUGAAAGAUCAGGGCAAAUGUGCGAUUGUGGGGUAUGGAAUAACGAUUGAUGGGACUAAUUACUGGAUAGUGAGAAACUCUUGGGGAGCAGAAUGGGGAGAACAUGGUUACAUCAAAAUGCAAAGGAACAUAUCUAAAACGAAGAGGCUUUGUGGCAUAGCUAUGAUGCCUUCAUACCUAAUCAAAAAUUCCUCUGAUAAUCCAACAGGAUCUUUCUCAUCUCCCAAAGAUGAACUUUGA